AUAUUUAAAAAAUCAUUUCUAACAAUGAAACUGUGUAUAAAAAGGCACCUUCACUAGUACCUGCACAUCACUCAGCAUUGUUCUUCAGCUCUCCUUAUCGCUCUCUAAAAUCCACUAUAAGAGGUUCUAUCUUCUUAUAAUUUGGAAAGUAUAUAGCAUCGAAACACUUUGAAUGUAAAAAUAUAUACAUAUUAUAAUAGUUAUGCAGUACUUAAAUAUGCUUAGUUAAUUAGUUUGAUUAAAAUAUGUAGCUUAGUGGUUAAUAUUAAUAUUUAGAUUGGGUUACCACUUAGCUUAGAUUCAAGCUUUCAACACUACGUCAACCCACGUAAUAUAUGUUGUUAACAAAAAACUUAGUUUUCUUCAAGAAAUUCGUAACCGUAAGUGAUGGCCCUCAAGGUGGAAGCUAAAGGUGGAAAGGUAGGGAUCCAGUGGGAUGAUGGAUCUGACUAUCAUGAUGUAACAAAGAUAUAUGUACGAGGUGGUCUUGAAGGUAUUCAGUUCAUCAAGUUUGAGUAUGUCAAGGCUGGGAAAAAGGUUAUUGGACCAAUCCAUGGUGCUUCUGGUCGUGGUUUCACAGAGACGUUUGAGAUCAACAAUUUGGAAAAAGAAUAUUUGUUAUCUAUUGAGGGUUACUACAACGCAUCUACCGGUGUGAUACAAUGUCUUCAGUUCAUAACUAACAAGAAGACUUAUGAUCCAAUCGGAUACAAUGAGGGUGCUAGGUUUACACUUAGCGCUAGCAGGAGCAAGAUUAUUGGGUUUCAUGGAUUUGCUGACAAGUAUCUCAACUCUCUUGGAGCAUAUUUUAUCAAGAUUCCUUCAAUCCAAUCAGCAAUCGAAGGUGCUAAAACCACAGGAAAAGGUUUUGAUGAUGGUGGUGACUACGACGGCAUAAGAAAAGUGUACGUUACAACUGAUGGCUCUGCAAUUAGGCAUGUAAGGUUCGACUAUGACAAAGCCGGUCAAGUGGAAACUCGUGAGCGCGGGGCGAAGACCGGAACACAACAUGAGUUUACGGUCAAUCAUCCAUAUGAAUAUAUCACAUCUGUGGAGGGAACCUACGCUCAUACCCAACCUUACAAUUGUGUUGUUCUUACAUCGUUAACUUUCAAAACAUCAAAAGGAAGAGCCUCUCCAGCGAUUGGAAAAGUGACUGGUAGCAAAUUCAAGCUGGAGAGACAAGGUGAUGCUAUUGUUGGGUUCCAUGGACGGGUAGGCUCUUGUAUUGAUGGUAUCGGGGUGUAUUACGCUCCACUUCCACCUUCUCCUCCUCCUCCAGAGAAACUCCAAGGCCAAGGUGGUGACGGUGGAGAUUCUUGGGACGAUGGUGCUUUCAAAAAUGUGAAGAAGAUAUAUGUAGGACAAGGCGAUGUUGGGAUUGCUGCAGUCAAAUUUGAGUACGAGACUUACACUAGUGAGGUGAUUCUGGCAGAAAGACAUGGAAAGGAAACAUUGCUCGGAUACGAAGAGUUCAGUUUCUCUUUACCCUAACAUUUUAUCUCAAAAAACCAAUUGAAAAUGAAUGGAUAUUAUAUUUACAUCUUUUAUAUUAAGCAUGAUCUCUUGCAUUUCUCAAAUGUGAAAUUCCUAACAUUUAGUUUUCAUCUACUACACAGUUUGAACUGGACUAUCCGAGUGAGUACAUUACAGCUGUGGAAGGUUGUCACGAUAAAGUAAUUGGAUCUGAAACUGGAGUUAUAACCAUGCUUAGGUUCAAGACCAACAAACGUAACUCUCCACCAUUUGGACUCGAAUCUGCGUUCAGCUUUAUACUUGAGAAAGAUGGGCACAAGAUCGUUGGGUUCCACGGAAAAGCUAGUACCUUGCUUCAUCAGAUUGGAGUCCAUGUCACGGCUAUUGCCUAGUUACCAUAUAUAUCCUUAAACCAAGUUUGAUUAUGCUAUAAUGUCUUUUUCAAUUAUGCAAUAUUAAUGUGUAAUAAGGUUUUUCAAUUAUGCAAUAUUAUUGUGUACGUAAGGUAAUGUUGUAUCAAUCCGAUUUCAACUUUUCACAUAAUAAAGAGCAAUUAUGUUUUUUGUCUUGGGCAA